AUGGCCAACAUCCAUGACAAUAUGGGCCAUCUGGCUUGGGUGGGUCUGGCUUUGGAGGAAGAGGACAUGGUGGCCACCCUCAAUAUUGAGGAUAUGCUCAUCCAUAUGACUUUAGUGGGUACUAUGGACAAGGCCACAAAGGCUUGCCUGGUUAUGGCCUUCAGAGGUUGGCACAUGGGCCUUUGGAAAGUGGCGAUGACUCAGACUGAUUCUCAGAAGCGGUUUCUGGUAGACUUUGCUUCGUCAUACUUGUAUUUCAGGGCUAAGGCUGACUUAUACUUGUUUUUUGGUAUAUGGAGUUUACUUGGGGUGCAAGCUAAGGUGGACUUAUACUUCUUCAACAUCUCUGUGUUCCCGCUCAAUUCACAAAUAAUGGCCAACAUCCAUGACAAUAUGGGCCAUCUGGCUUGGGUGGGUCUGGCUUUGGAGGAAGAGGACAUGGUGGCCACCCUCAAUAUUGAGGAUAUGCUCAUCCAUAUGACUUUAGUGGGUACUAUGGACAAGGCCACAAAGGCUUGCCUGGUUAUGGCCUUCAGAGGUUGGCACAUGGGCCUUUGGAAAGUGGCGAUGACUCAGACUGAUUCUCAGAAGAUAGAGUAUGUCGAGGACUCUAGACUUAGCAGUUUCUGGUAG